UGCAAGGUGAAGUGGCCACCAGACUCAGGAUGCAAGUGUCCAUCUCUUUCCACAGUGUUUCAUGACACGGGAGCCUCCAAGAAGAACCCGUGUUAAGAGUUUCUCUUCAGGAUGAUUGGACUGCUCUACCCAGCAUUGCUGAGUCAUUGAAAUUAUGAGACUAUCAUUCAGAUGGAAGCAUUGUAGUUCUUCGGAACCAUUAUGAUCUCAAAAGGAAAGGAGAAUGAUACAGAUACACUGGCUGAGGUGUUUUGAGGUGCAUCGAAGUGUUCCAAGCUGUGACUUACCUUAACAUGUUCUUGAAGUACCAUGGCGUGGAUUAAAAGAAAAUUUGGUGAGCGGCCUCCACCUAAACGACUCACUAGGGAAGCUAUGCGAAAUUACUUAAAAGAGCGAGGGGAUCAAACAGUACUUAUUCUUCAUGCAAAAGUUGCACAGAAGUCAUAUGGAAAUGAAAAAAGGUUUUUUUGCCCUCCUCCUUGUGUGUAUCUUAUGGGCAGUGGAUGGAAGAAAAAAAAAGAACAAAUGGAACGAGAUGGUUGUUCUGAACAAGAGUCUCAACCAUGUGCAUUUAUUGGAAUAGGAAAUAGUGACCAAGAAAUGCAGCAGCUGAACUUGGAAGGAAAGAACUAUUGCACAGCCAAAACAUUGUACAUAUCUGAUUCAGACAAGAGAAAGCACUUCAUGUUAUCUGUAAAGAUGUUCUACGGCAACAGCGAUGACAUCGGUGUGUUCCUCAGCAAGCGGAUAAAAGUCAUUUCCAAACCUUCCAAAAAGAAGCAGUCAUUGAAAAAUGCUGACUUAUGCAUUGCCUCAGGAACAAAGGUGGCUCUGUUUAAUCGACUUCGAUCCCAGACAGUUAGUACCAGAUACUUGCAUGUAGAAGGAGGUAAUUUCCAUGCCAGUUCUCAGCAGUGGGGAGCAUUUUACAUUCAUCUCUUGGAUGAUGAUGAAUCAGAAGGAGAAGAAUUCACAGUCCGCGAUGGCUACAUCCACUACGGACAGACCGUCAAACUUGUGUGCUCUGUUACGGGCAUGGCGCUCCCCAGGCUGAUAAUUAGGAAGGUUGAUAAGCAGACCGCAUUACUGGAUGCAGAUGAUCCUGUGUCACAACUCCAUAAAUGUGCAUUUUACCUUAAGGAUACUGAAAGAAUGUACUUGUGCCUUUCUCAAGAAAGAAUAAUCCAGUUUCAGGCCACUCCAUGCCCAAAAGAACCAAAUAAAGAGAUGAUAAAUGAUGGAGCUUCCUGGACAAUCAUUAGUACGGAUAAGGCGGAGUAUACAUUUUAUGAGGGAAUGGGCCCUGUCCUUGCCCCAGUCACCCCUGUGCCUGUUGUAGAAAGUCUUCAGUUGAAUGGCGGUGGUGAUGUAGCAAUGCUUGAACUUACAGGACAGAAUUUCACUCCAAAUUUACGAGUGUGGUUUGGGGAUGUAGAAGCUGAAACUAUGUACAGAUGUGGAGAGAGCAUGCUGUGUGUUGUCCCAGACAUUUCUGCAUUCCGAGAAGGCUGGAGAUGGGUCCGACAGCCAGUCCAGGUCCCAGUAACUUUGGUCCGUAACGAUGGGAUCAUUUAUUCCACCAGCCUUACCUUUACCUACACGCCAGAACCAGGGCCACGGCCACACUGCAGUGCUGCGGGAGCCAUCCUUCGAGCCAGUUCAGGCCAAGUGCCCCCUAAUGAAUCAAACACAAACAGCGAGGGAGGUUACACAAACGUCAGCACAAAUUCAACCAGUGUCACAUCCUCUGCAGCAACAGUGGUGUCCUAACUACCGUCUUUUUGCUAGGACUGAAACUGACUUGAGUGCGGCAAAAUGGUGACAAAGAAGAGAGAGAGAAAGAAAAAGGAAAAAAAAUGAACCAUCUUUUGUGGUUUCUUGGGAAAACUUUUCAUACCAGGUGAUACUGUUCCAAAACCCCAUUACCUACAAGUGCUGAUUGGACGUGCAGAAGCCACAGUAAAACAGACAAGCAAAACAUGGAAAUGUACAAACUAUUGGAAUUCGGUGUUUUUUUCCAGCUGUUCUUUUUGUUUGGUUGGCUUUUGUUUGGUUUUGUUUAAAUGGGCAAGAAAUAGAGAUGUGGCUGGAAUAAAAGUUAAUCAACCUAGAAGACACAAAUCUAACAUAGUUUUUACGGACCAAGGAACUUGCAUAAGCUUUAGCAAAAGGUACAUUUUCACCAUACCUUUUUUUUUUAUAUCACAGUAUCUAGUACACCUUUGUUACCAAAUAGGUUGUUUUCCUCCCUGCCCCUCUUUGAGCUUCUGCUCUUCAGUACAUUGAAGUUCCAAGCCUGACCAUGCUUGUUUAAUCUAAUUACCAUAUUCUUCCAGGGUUUUUUGUUUUUGUUUUUAUUUAAGGCUGGAACUAUUUUUUUUUUUUUUUUAAGCAGAUGUCUUAAUGACUUUUCAUGAGUCGAAAUUGUUUUGAUUUCAGCAAGUCAAAUCUUGUAAAGGCCCGCAUAUUUUUUUUUUAAGAUUAUAUGAAGUCUGUGCAAAAGCUUUAAAAAAAAAAAUGCCUCUGCCUUGCCUGCAAUACAUGCAAUGUACGUUAACUUCGUCUCUGUUCUCAGACACUGUCCAUAGUUACUUCCUUGUUUUCCUUUUUUUUUUUAAAAAAGUAUUUAUAGCGGUAUUCCAAGAGGUGGAAUUAAAUGUGGCCAUUUAGUCCUUAAUGAAUUAAUGGCGCAGAACAUAGUAUUUGGAGUGUUAUCUCCCCUUUUCCCAUGCGUAAAUGUAUCUCCAUGUUUCAGGAUUUGUUCAGGUCCCUUCCCCCACCUGUACCCCGCCCCCCCCACAACUCCCUGAUCUUGUACAUAACUUGUAUUAUGUGUAAGUUAAACAUAUUAUUUUGAACUUGGAACGUUCCCAGUGAUUUCAUUCAGCAGGGUGUUUUCUGCCUUGUCGGCAUAUGACAAAAAAUAUAUAUAUAUAUAUCAUGAGAAGUAUUUGCUACCAGUUGGUAGAUGGUGCCCUUAUUGAGGAAAAUCUCAGCAAAAGCAUGUGUUUACUUUUUUUUUUUUUUUUGGUAGCCUAGGUCAAAACAUUGUAACCUUAAAACAAGAUGCUUUUAUUAGAUGACCAACUAAAAUAGCUUGGAAGACAGUACUUUUAGAACAGAUAGUUGUGAGAUUAUAAAACUGCAAAUGUAAUUUAUCUUUUCAUAUCUCUCCUGCCUUUCGUUGUCUUCUCUUCCCCAGUACUGAGUGUCUCCACAAAUGUCUCCUACUCAGAAAACAUUUCUUUUCCAUUCAGUUAAGAUUUAGUUGGAUUCAGGGUUGUGUGUUGGCCUCGGACGCUCGGCUCACCGAUUUCACGUUGCUUCCCUUCCCUCACUUUGGUUAUGCCUUCGUUCGGUUUCUCAGAAAUUGCGGCCAACUCACUGGGCUACAUUUAAUACAGGAACCCUGUGUGUUAACUUAUAGGACACAGUCUAGUAAUACAAUCAUCCUUCUUAGAGUUAAAAACUACCUCUAGAAUGUGGUAAGCUUUUACUGUCCCAUAAAACAGGAGCCACAAGUACCUUAUGAAUGCAAAACUAACUUCCUGCAAUGUUUCCAGACAGAACAUUGUCUUUCUGGUGUCCUGGGCGAUUUUGAAGACAUUGUCAUCGGAAGACUUUUUAAACAUCUUAUUAGUAGCCUUUUUUGUUGUUGUUGUCCCCCGAGCUUUGCUGUCUUCAUCACCCAUCCUUUUGCUCAUACUAUGUCAUUGUGAAUACGAUUGCUAACCUCUCUCAAUCACCUUUUCCUCGGUUUUCAAGGGGGAAGUCAUCUGUAAAACACGUUAGUGGUUAAAUCAAAGUUAUUGUGGUUUUAUCUUACUGCAAGCCUUUUUAAUUACUCACAGGCUGCAUUCUUCUCUCUAUAUAAGCCUUCUCUUCAGAUCUGCUCCAGUCACUAGCUUCUCCUGUAAGCCAACCCAGCCUCACACUUUAAAUCUGUUCCAGUGAUCGAGGGCAGAAUUGUGGCCUUAUCUGUCUUUGUUUUUAACUGUUUACUAGCUGCUUCUUGCAAACUUGCUCAUUUCCGAGUAGUAUUUCUUCUUCUCUGUUGAGUCACCAAAGUAGUCUUUAUACAGUGCUUUUCGUUCGGAGUGUGGAAAUAUUUUCAGUGCCGCUGUCCUUUGAAUGGGCCACUCCCCAGGUUUGGUGUCUAGUUAGGAAACUGUGUUAAAUUAACCGGUAGCAGAUGAGAUACUUUUGAAGAACAAACGAUUCCUUACCUGUCUUUGCAGCUCAAAUUAAUUUUUCAAGUUGAUGGCUUUAUUAAAAUGAACUUUGCUUUUUUACUAUUUAAUUAUGCCUUAUUUUGGCUCUUUGUUUCUUUUAAUAAGAUGAUUUUGAAAUAUUAGACUGUAAAGCCUUUUCCCGUUUGUUUUUUUGUUUGAAAAGUCCAAGAAUGUACUUACACAGGCAUUUCCCUUGCUAUUUUAUGCCAUUCUGCAUACCACAAACUAAAGACUGAAAUGAUUUGUCUGUUGUACCUUAUUUUAAUCAAUAGUUCUUUUGUCAGCUGCUUUUAAAAAAAAUCUUCAUGGAUUGGUGAAUCAUUUUCAGUGUAUAAUUUAUAGGAGCCUUGUCCUCUGGUUAUAGAAGAACACAGCCCCUCCUCCGAUGGCAUUAUUAGAGAUGCUGGUCCUUUUUCCUCGUAACGACUCUCUUAGAAUGGUGGCUGCUUCAGUUAGAGAACAUUCGAGUUUGGGGUUUUGUUUUUGUUUUUCCAUUCUGUUUUAGAAGUGUAUCUUCUGCUCUCAUGAGCUAUGCAAUUUCUAAAAAUAUGCUAGAAACUGAGUCUGUGAUCCGGUAUGUUUUUAUUAGUUCCAUUGAAUUGAUUACAUAGAUUGGGAAGGCAAGUAAAAGACUUUAAAUGUAGAAUGCCCUUUUGAUUUUGAAUGAUUUCCCGAAUUGAACACUAGGAUAAUAUUUAACCUGCUGCUGACUUUUCUUCAACUGUGGCAACUAAAGGCAUCCUCAUUUAUGUGUUAGUGAAGUAUUUAUCAUUCUCUGCACAGACUUAUUUGCGAUCAUAACUGGUUAGUUUUUCUGUGUGUGUGUGGUUUUUUUUUUUUUUUUUAAUGAAAUUGGUACCAUCUGUGCCCUCACAGAAUAUUCCCAAUGCAGUUUUUGAGAACUAAACUCCUCAUGUUUAACCAGAUAAUCCACAGGGGGGAGGGGUUCCUUUUUUAAACAAAAUGCUAUUCAAUUAUUAACCAAGUUACUUACUUUUGAUUUCAAAAGCAGCUGUGUUUUCUGAUGAGUACUGAACAAACGUGUGUAAUUUCUGUGCCAGACUUUUGACUUUGUUUUCAAGCACUGUAAUGUGGGAUGAAUGAUUAGAAACAAUAAUAUAUUAGGGUUUCUAUUUAACCCUUUCAGGACUGAACUGUAUCUCCUUUUAUUAAUUUUUCCCUGUGUUGUGAUAAAUGUUUGCCAGCAUUCAGUACUGUGUUGGUCCAGAUGUAGGUUUAUAUGCUCAUUUUUAGCUUAUUUCUUGUACCUUGCAGCAUGCUCUACGCAUUCAGUCCUUAAGGGGUUUAUUUUAUAAACUGUGCGCCUGUAAGGUUUAUUAGCAAUAAGAUAGAAAAUUGAGCAAGUUUAUACCAUAAUUUUGUAGAAAAAAGAAUCUGCUCAGUUCCAUAUUUCAUCCAUGAGAAACCUGCAAUACCGCAGUUUCAAGGAAUAAAUAAAAAGGAAAUGUAAACCAU